UCUCAGUUCUGCGCUCUCGCCGCGUGAGGAGGUGCGAGGAGGACACGGAGCGCCGCCUGCUGCACACGAUGUGGCUGACUCUUGUCUCCAGCUGUGGCGGUGGAGCCGCCCUCCUGUACGCUCUGUACAGGUGGGUGAUCCCCGCCGUCGCGCAGCACCACGCGGGGUUGGCGCUGCUCUGGCACGAGGUCAUGGUGGAGUGGAUGCUGGACACGGUGACCCGGUCCACGCGCCCUCAGCGGCUCCUGGGUGCAGUACAGAAGAACGCCACUAGAGGGGACCCUGGCAGCGUGAUCCAGGCCAUCGAUCACUACUGCAGAAACAAGGAGUGGGCCAUGAAUGUGGGGGAUGAGAAAGGCUGCAUCCUUGACUCGGUGGUGUCGGAGGUGAACCCGGCCACGGUGCUGGAGCUGGGGACCUACUGUGGCUACUCCACGGUGCGGAUCGCCAGGCUGCUUCCACCUCACGCCAAGCUCAUCACUCUGGAGUUCAACCCGGCCGUCGCCGCCAUUGCCCGUCAAGUCAUCGCUUGGGCCGGAUUGGAGGACAAGGUCCAGUUAGUUGAAGGCGCUUCUGGUGACUUCAUACCCAGAAUAAAGGAGCAGUUUGGGGUAAAAACGUUUGAUUUGGUUUUCCUGGAUCACUGGAAGGAAUAUUACCUCCCCGACACAAAACUGAUGGAGGAGUGUGGCCUCCUCAGGAAAGGCAGCGUCCUGCUGGCAGACAACGUCGUCUGCCCCGGAGCUCCGGACUACCUGGAAUAUGUCCGGAGCAGCCCGCGAUACGAGAGCCGCUACUUCAAGUCCCACCUGGAGUACACCAAAGUGGAGGACGGCUUGGAGAAGUCUGUGUUCUUAGGGUAGCUUUUCCACAGAAAGGUGGUCGUGGUUCACACCGGUACUAGCAGACCUCCGUGGUCUCGGGCUCACUGAGCCCACUUGAAAUCAGGAGUUUAAUCUGUCACAGAGUCUACAAGCUUGACAUUAAAAGUAUGAUGAUGGA